AGGGGCGGUGGGAGUAUCAUAAACACUAUAUUGCAUAAAAACAGCUCUCGGGCCCAAGUCCUUUACCAAAAGUGUUUAACUAAACACAAUAUAAACACUUAAUUCCAGAAAUGAAAAUAUACAAAACAUUAACACAAAGAAAUAAACAAACUUAAGCCAGUUUUUCCCCCUCCACAUGGUCCGGCCCACGACCCCACUCUAGCCUAUAAAAUGGCCGACAUAGGGCACGCCCCCUCUUUGUCUGGACCAUGUGGAGAUACAGGUCCACAUUGAAGGGAACAAACAUCUGAACCUCGUUGUGUCUGUAGGGCUGCCUCACACCAACAGUGGGCCAGUCAUCCACAGUGUUCAGGAGUCCACAGACCAGAGAUCUGACUUGGAGCAGAACAUCAGAGACAUGGAACCUAAAGAUCCAAAUGAGUUCAUCUGUGGAGACAUUGGAGAGUCCCAACCUGCGGAGCCAGAGGUGCAGGCCAUCUGUGACUCUAGGUCUGUGAUGGCGUCCAGCAGGAAACAGAAAAUUGAUGAACUGUUGAGCAGACUCCACCUGCUGGAGAAAUAUGAGAAUAACCUGACCUCUGCAGAGUUUCUUCAGAUACGUCAAACUAAAGAACACGACCAAGACAUAUGUGAGAGUGAUCUGUCCUCUGUUUAUCUGCACAAACUGUUGAUGUUAGACUACAGAGCCAGACAUAUUCAGGCCAAACAGGAAACAAACACAUGUGAACAAACUGAGACAGAUGAUUUGUUUGAUAUGGAUGAGGAUGAUGAAAACAGGUCAGAACAGACCCACAUCCAUCCUAUGGACGUCCACAUGGCAGUGUUUCACUGCUCAGACACUUUUCUAAAACAGAAGAUAGUCACAAAGCUGUCCCAGUGUCAGUACGCCUUACCUCUGCUGGUGCCUGACCCAUUCACUGAAGACAUCCAGUGUCCUCUGUGGACAUUCAGACAGAUUCAAAAAACAUGGAAGAAAACUGAAACCAAAGACAAUUCAAAUGUUGUGACCAUGAAGUCAAUGCCCAUCUACAAAGCAGAGACCCCCAUGGUGUUCUGUUUCCGCCUGGGCUCCCUGUCCGUGUCCAAAUCUCAGUUCAUCAACACUUUGAUCAAUGACCGUCACAGCACAUUCUUCCACAGAAACUGCCCCGGCAGCUCCAAAAGUCGUGUUCUGUUUGAGGGAGUAGCAGAGAUCGCCUGGUACUGCCCGGCUGGAAAACAAAAUGACAGUUUCACAGACUGUGUGGCCUUCUGCAACCUUCACGGAGAUGGUCUGAGUCACGACAAACAGCUGAAUAUACUGAAAGAAAUGUCCUCGGUCAAUGUGGUUUUUGUGCAGAAAAUGGAUCGAAGUCAUGAAAGUGCUGGAGUGAUCAACGGUCUUCAAAAUUCUUCAAAACCUCUAAUUGUUCUAAUAGAAAAUAGUAGCAAUAAGGCUGUUCAGUUAAAAAAUGGGGCAUAUAAAGUUGGUCUUAAAGACAGAAGCCAGUCAGAUGUGUCUGAAGACCUGAAGAGAAUUAUCAGAGACAUUUUAUCUGCUCCACACAAGUCUUUUCAGCUUGAGUCCAUGUCUGACACUGGAUUCAGAUUGGAUGAAAAUAAUACCAAUUGCACAAAUGGCUUGUCCUUUGCCAGUGAAAUGAUGAAGAUAAUUGAAACUGUAGAUGAAUCUGAAGUUAAAAAGACAUUUCUCCCCUGUCAAGGCCAACUGUGGCAUGACUGGUGCAAAAUAAACAAAGAGCUGUAUCGUCUCAAAGGAAAUAUAGAAGUAGAAAAGAGCAAAAAGCAGAGUGAGCUGAAGAGACUAAGAGAAGAUCAGUGCAAACUCUCCUGCAGUGAACUGAUACAGUCUUUCAUCAAGCACCUCUCAUCUUCAACUCAAACAGAGAGCGAAUAUUUCAUCAAAUGGACUCAGAUCUUACUGGACGCUCAUGGCACAGAUUCUCUUUCUUCGAUUCUACAAAAAUAUGAUGAGAAGUGGUCUGAAAUUUUGGACAUGAAGACGAAACCUGACAAAUCUGAUGAGUUAAAAUCCAAAAAAGCAGAACUUGAAAAACUGUCAAACGACCUUCAGUUCAUGACCUGUGGCCUGGAGCACAUCUUCAGAGAAAUGGCUCAAAUCUAUGAAGCCCAUAUGACUCUGAAUAAACCCCCUAAAGAGGACCAGACUGACUGGUCCAAAUACCCAGAGCUGGCUGCAGAGCUCAUGAUUUCAGGACACCCAAUGGAGCUGAUGGAUGGAGAAGCAGGCUACGUCCCUUUAACCUGGAUCUCAAGUGUUAUUGAUCAGGUCAUCCACAGACUGGGCGAUAAGAAGGUCUUUGUCUUGUCAGUUCUGGGCAUACAGAGCAGUGGGAAGUCCACUAUGCUGAACGCCAUGUUCGGUCUCCAGUUUGCGGUCAGUGCAGGCAGAUGCACCAGAGGAGCCUUCAUGCAGCUGGUCAAACUGUCAGAUGAAAUGAAGAAAGUGGGGGACUACAUCCUGGUGGUGGACACUGAGGGGCUGCGAGCUCUGGAGUUAGAAGGAAAUACAACAUUUCACCACGACAAUGAGCUGGCAACAUUUGUGGUUGGUGUUGGGAACAUGACUCUGGUGAACAUCUUUGGGGAGAAUCCCUCAGAGAUGCAAGACAUUCUACAGAUUGUAGUUCAGGCUUUCAUGAGGAUGAAGAAAGUCAAACUGUCUCCAAGCUGUGUGUUUGUUCACCAGAAUGUCUCAGACGUCAGCGCUGUAGAGAAAACCAUGGAUGGAAAACGAAAACUGCAGGAGAAACUGGAUGUGAUGGCCCAACUAGCCGCCAAAGAAGAAGGUCAUGACGCUGAAAGUUUCAGUGACAUCAUUAAGUUUGAUGUUCAAAAAGAUGUGAAAUACUUUGCUCAACUGUGGGAGGGAAGUCCUCCAAUGGCUCCUCCAAAUCCAGACUACAGUGAAUGUGUCCAAGGUCUGAGGAGCUACAUUCUCUUAAAAGCCUCAGAAUCUCCUUCUGUCAAACUCUCUGCAUUUAAAACUAAAGUUCAUGAUCUUUGGAAUGCCCUUUUAAAUGAGAACUUUGUGUUCAGCUUCAGAAACACUCUUGAGAUCGCUGUUUACAGAAAACUCGAAGUUGAAUAUGGAAACUGGACUUGGGUCCUGAGGAAGGAAAUGUUGAACAUUGAACAAAAACUUUAUCCAAGAAUUACAAAUGGAACUCUUGACCAUGUUGACCUCAGUCUUCUUCAUAAAGAAGUUAAAUCCACAUUUGAUCAAAUCAAGAAGUCCAUGUCAGAGUACUUUGAGAAUGAAAAGGACAAAGAAAUAUUAAUUCAGUGGCGUGGUCAACAUGAACUUAAAAUAAACACUUUUCAUGAUGAAAUGGUUCAAGGACUUCAGAGAAAACUGAAUAAUGUUAUUGAACAGAAGAAAGCAAGUAAAGGGUUUGAGGAGAGGAAGACCAUGUUUGAGAAGGACCUGCUACAAAAAAGCAAAGAUCUGGCUCAUAAACUCAGAGACAAAGGACAAGACGACCAGGAACUGAAAAAUCAGUUUGACUGUGUUUGGAAAGAAUGGGUUUCUGAACUGACACGAGGAAUAAAACCUGUUGGGAAGAUUAACUUUGAAGAGGAUCUGAUGAAGGCCAUUCAAGAGUGUGGUUUUGAAUUUGAUUUAAUAUCAAGAAGAAUGAGAGAAUGGUCAGAGAAGUACAAAAACUUUGCUGAAUGUGGAGAUUAUACCAAAUAUGUUGUGAGAAAUGAAUUCUUUUGUCAACAGAUUUUUCAAUUAGUCAAAGAAAAAUUUACUGGUCGUGUUCCAGAUAAAUACCAAAAGCUGAUCCAAAAUUACAUUGCAAACAUAGAAAAAAAGUCCUCUGAACUAAUUAAGAACAAACCUCUGGUGGAAACGGGUUACAGUCCAUCUUACCUGAGUGAAAUGAGCAGAAAUGUGAAAACAUCUACUGAAGAAUUUGAAAAACGAAGUAAAUUCUCUCUGAAGAAAGAGUUUAAAGUGGAUCUGAUUCUGUUUGUGUUUGACAGGAUAAAAAAGUGGAUCUUAGAAUCUCAUGAUCAGUUUAUCAAAAACAAUGAUGCAUUCACAUAUUUGGACAGUAAGAAAAAUGAAUACUUUAAUGUAUUCCAAGGUUUCUGCAAAGGAAGCUCCUCAGCUGUUGUUCUCACUGAAUUAAUCUGUGACAAACUGAAAUCCUCCAUGACAGAGGCUGUGAUUAACCAGACAGCGAUCGAUAUCGCUGGAGAACUCAGAUGUAAUGUCCCUGCAUUCAAAGAGAACCGACUCAACCUGGAGAAACAUGUACUAAAGUCACUGGCCAAAAAGAAAGAUUUUCAAAUCUACAUUCACUACAUAAAGAAUCCUCGGUCAUACACAGAGACUUUUAUCACAGAACAAGUAGAGACGCUCUUAGGCACAGAGUACAAGGACAAAUGCCAGAGUUUUUUUGUGACCAACAUCUCAAACCUCCAAACACACAUACGCCAAGCUCUUCAUGAAGUGUCAAAGAAAAUCAAAUCACAGAACAGAGACAUCGUCUACUGGCUUCAGGAGUUUACAACAAUCAUAAAAGACAAACUGACAUUUGGCACAAUUUCCUCUGAAAACUUCACUGAUGUAAAAGACUUUGAUUUUCUGAAAAUAGAAAUAGAAAAAGGACUAGAUGUUAUUGGUGCUGACCUUAAAAAUCUAUCAGUGGACGAGUUAAAGAAGUCGAGACAGAGACCAGACCAGAUCCUGAUCGAUCAGCUGUGUGACUGCUGCUGGGAGAAAUGUCCAUUCUGUGGUGCAGUUUGCACUAACACAAUCAAAGAUCACAAAACAGAUAAAGAAGGUGGGAUUGAUCACAGUGUACCUUUUCAUCGAUCUGGUUCUCUCAUAGGCUGGCACUACAAAGAUACAGUGGAGAUGGGUUUGGAUUUCUGCACAACAGAUGUAGCAGGUGAUGGCCAUUUUUAUCCUGAUGCUUCAGACAGAACUGUGCCUUUCAAAACCUACCGUUCCGCUGGUCCCCCUUAUGACACAUGGAGCAUCACCCCUGAUCUGUUUAAGUUGUCAUAUUGGCAGUGGGUCGUGUGCACAUUUAAAGAUGAUCUGGAAAAGCACUAUAAUUUAAAAUAUGAAGGUCUUGGAGAAAUUCCAAAGGAGUGGAAAGAAAUCACAUUUGAAGAGGCAAUAAGAAGCCUGGAGGAAAUGUACAAAUAGACACAAAAACAGUAAAAGAACACAGAGCAUGUAACAAGUGAAUUAUACGUUUUAAUGAGAGAAACACCAGAGAGAAAUUUAAACAAAUGUAAGAUACAGAGAAUGUAGAAGUGAAGGAAACAAUGAGAGAUCACCACCUGUUUUGUCUGUUUUGAUUUUUGUGUUUUGUUCCCAAAUGUUACCAGAUUCUACACUCACGUAAUCCUCUUGAUUAAAUGCAAGUAUUUAGUAUGAAGUAUGGAGUAUACAAUACAAUUUAAACAGCAUUUUAAGAGUAUAAUCAGAUUUUUUUUUCAUUUAAACUAUAAGGGAUUUUUAUUCAAACUGCA